AUGGCCGUCGCCUCGCUGGACACGAAGACAACAGGAAAGCUUGGUCGACGUACAGUUAUUUAUUAUCUCGGUACAACGUUCAUUGCCGUUAUUAUUGGUGUUAUUCUGGUUGUUAGCAUUCGGCCUGGAGAGACGGCUGUGCAACAUGAAAAGCAACCAUCAAGGCAUGUGAGCGCAUUGGAUUCCAUACUAGAUCUUAUAAG